CCACAGUAGCCACCAGAAGAGCAGAGCCACCCGAAGCGCCAACACAAACCGCCAAAGUCCACGAGUUGCUACGAGUAAAAAUCGAAAGACACCAGCGAGAAAAAACAUAUAGAAAACAACUCGGGCCAAGUUCGAAGAUUGUGUGCGUUGAAUAGAGUUCCGUUCGUCGAGUGGCAAACAAACACCUGAGUAGCCGCACCGCCAUGAGCUUCACCCGCCAACUCUCGGAGAUGAGUGCCAGCGAGCUGAACGACGCCAUCGACGACACCAACUUCCCGCAGGCCCACAUCCUGUCGCGCGGACGCAACAACAGCGUCUGCUCAACAAGUAGCACCUCGGGCACCUCCUCGCUGGCCGACAGAGUGCCAACUGCCCAGCCGGAGGAGGCCAUCCCGCAACCACAGGGAACGCCCAGCGAGGAGGUGGCACCACUGGGAACCGGGAACCAGCGGCCGCGGCUCAUCCUCAAGACCAACGGCAGCAGUCCGGAUAGCGAUGGUACACAACCGAAAACACCAAUGACACCGCGUACAUCGACAACGCCAGGCCACGAGAAGUGCACGUUCCACCACGACCUGGAGCUGGACCACAAGCCGCCGACGCGAGAGGCCCUGCUGCCGGACAUGGCCCGCUCGUACCGCCUGCUGUUGGGCGGACUCGGCGAGAAUCCGGAUCGCCAGGGACUGAUCAAGACCCCGGAGCGGGCGGCCAAGGCCAUGCUGUACUUCACCAAGGGCUACGACCAGAGUCUCGAAGACGUUCUGAAUGGCGCCGUGUUCGAUGAGGAUCAUGACGAAAUGGUGGUGGUCAAGGACAUCGAAAUGUUCUCCAUGUGCGAGCACCAUUUAGUGCCCUUCUACGGCAAAGUCUCCAUUGGUUACUUGCCGUGCAACAAGAUUCUAGGCCUCAGCAAAUUGGCUCGCAUUGUGGAAAUCUUUUCGCGUCGUCUGCAAGUCCAGGAACGCUUGACGAAACAAAUUGCAGUUGCAGUAACUCAGGCAGUUCAACCUGCUGGAGUAGCCGUUGUAGUAGAAGGAGUACACAUGUGCAUGGUGAUGCGUGGCGUGCAGAAAAUCAACAGCAAAACUGUUACCUCAACUAUGCUGGGCGUAUUCCGAGACGAUCCCAAGACCCGUGAGGAAUUCCUGAACUUAGUCAAUAGCAAAUAAAGUGGACACACUAAGGACGAUAUUGAAAUCCGAGACCAACUAAACCCUUACAAUAUUUUUGGAGGCGCUUAUAUACAAACAAACAAACAAACAAAAAUGUAACGAAACACAGGGUCCAUUAGUUUAUGUUUUUAGGAUUGAUUUCAUUUAGUUAGUGCAAUGAUUGCAGCCAUUUACCUUGUUGAUUUGUGUAAAAAUUGUUGAAAAUUCUGUUAGCUAAAUACAUUUACAUAGAAGAGAGUAUAGGGAGGCGAGAUUCGCAGAGGUCGAGAAAUGAUUUCCGGUGUUGGGUAGUUUUAUGUUCAAUUUUAUAUGCAGUUUUAUGACACAUGAAUGAUAAUUUUUACAAUUUACACUUACGAGUAAUGCAUUGUGCAAUAAGGGAACAACUGAUAAUAAAUCAACGCAAACUGUUUAGGGAAUUUACAAUUUAAACGCAGUUCAUAAAAUUAUAAUCAAACCAGUAGUUAUGUAUGUAUGUUAACCUAUGUAACAAGUUAUAUUCGAAUUGUUCCCAAAAAGGAACCUAUCUCUAUUGGACGAUUUUAAAUGUUGAAAUUGAAUGCUCAUGAUGUUGCUUGUAGUAAAUCAAAGCUGCUUAUUAAUUAUACAAUAAAUUAUGUAUUUAAAUACCGUUAAA